AUGCAGCGUCCUCGAGGUCCUCGCGGGGCCGUUGGAGGCUGCAGCACCCCCGGCAGUAGAGUGGAUCCCUGGUGGAGCCCUGGUCCCUUCUUUCCCCCAGGCCCCGCCCGCGUCGACGAGGGGCCCAGGUCGACGUCGUCAGCGGCCUCGAUCGGCAACUACGGGAGUCCAGCGGCGACGACGACCCCGAGUUCGCCGACGCCCAGCUCGUACUCGUCGUCGGGCUCAACGGCCUGCAGUCACCACCCGGGGAUAGUGGUUUCGAGCUGCAGCACAUCGCGGAGCGUGCAGAUAUCGGCCCUCGACGUCGGGCCGAGCUGCCUGCGGCAGCAUCAGCAGCAACAUCAGCAACAGCACCAGCAACAACAACAACAACAGCAGCAGCAGCACGCGAACUUGGAGCAACGGGAGGCAAAUGCAGGAUCGGUAGUCUCCUCGGGCUACCAACACGUCUCUUCAGGGCAGAGCAACGUGCUGUCGGCCCUUCUCGCCACGGCGUCAACGGCGUCGGACAGCGUGCAGCAGCACCAGCAAACGGCGUCACCGCCGCCGCGAGACGGAAUAUCGGUGACCCAAAGCAACAUCCUCUGCUCGCUCCUGGCGUCAACCGGGGUCCAGGACUUCCCGGGGAGCAGCGUCGCCGAGGCGACCUCCCCCGACUCGCUGCACGGUAUCCUGUCCUCCCUCAACGUCAGAAUAAAGUCCGAGGAGGCCCCAGACUCAGCGCCAGGCCCCCGCGGCCCCGCCGACGGGCCCUGCAGCUCGGUCCGCGACUUCAACACCUCGCUGUUGAGCACGCUCCUCUCGACCUCCCGCGUCUCGACCUCCUCGGCGAACGCCGAAGCCACCGCCACCCCGAACUCCGUCAAGUCCGAGUACAAUCCGGGCCUCUCGAACGAGCGGACCAACUGCUCGUCCGGGGUCAAGGUCGAGUAUUGCUGCGACGUCUUGGACGACUCCGAGGAAAACCUCGCCGCCACGUCACCCUACAACGUCAUAUCGACCUCCCAGAACCGCCACUCGAACAGACCUAGGACCGGACUACAGCCGGGCGCUCUGUCCAAGGAAGACCUGCGCCGGAUACUCCAGUCCACGACGACGCGCUGCGACGAUUCACCGCCCUCGGCUUCCGAUCUCAUCGUCGGCAUGAAGUACGAAAGCCAGCAGGGUGGGCCCCAGAGCGCCCCGCCACACCUCAUGGGCCCAAACUCGGGAGUGGAGCAGUCGCACCACGCGGUGCAGGGGAACAACAUAGUGGUGGGUGGCUCGCCGGCGGAGGUCGUCGGCGUCGACAGCAUCCUCCUUUCGCCGUGGGGUGAGACGGGCACGGACUUCCUCGACUCGGCGGACGUGAAGCAGACGGCGGCGGGUUUCCAGGAGGCUCUGGACAGCUACUUCCUCGGCAACUCGGUCGGCGUCCCUUCCCAGUCCCUGGCCGAGUUGAGGCCGCUACCACCGUUCACCGGGUACACCGGACACCUCAGCAUAAACGGCAUCCCGGGUCGGCAUUUUCACGCGAUAGCGGGUCAGCGGUCCGAGGGGAUCCCGUCCUCGUCACCGACGCCCUCGUCGAAUCAGGAAUUCUACGACACGCAGGUCGUCUCCUCGAGCACUCCUUGUCCCCAGGGCAGCCAGAAGCAAGUACCACAGUCGACGCAGCAGGAGGACUACGACAUCGAGGACAUCGCCGCCAUCAUCAGCUCGGCGAUAGCCGACACCACCGUUCCUGGAGGAGGAAACGGACCCGGAUCCGAGAACGAUCCGAACGCAUCGCGGGAGGAACAGUGGUUCGAAUUGCAGGACUGGAUGUCCGUCGAAUGCUCGCCGAAGACUCAGCAGCAACAGCAACAGCAGCAGCAGCACCAGCAACAGCAACAACAACAGCAGAACAACAACUCCUCGCCGAGUCCCUUCGCUCAAAUGUACGGUAACGCGAACACGGGAAACGCCAACGCCAAUUCGACCCAGGGUCAGCAACACGCACCGUCGACGAUGAACAACCUUCUGCAAAAUGGCACGCCACUUCUCUACGCGAGAUUGCAGGCGUCCAACAACAGCAUCCAGAACGCCUCCUGCGGCGAGACACCCUCCUCGACGAGUCCCUAUCCUCCAGUCAGUCCUCCGGGACGCGUUUCGACUUCCUGCAGCCCCGACCAUCCCCUUCACCCGUCCUUCACCAGCUCACCGAUGCCCAGGAAGCGGAAUAGACAGCCGACGGGGGGACAGAACGCGUCGAAAAAGAACCCCUCGACGACGACGGGACUGCCUUACGGGACCGAGUCGGGCCUGAUCGGUGGCAAGGAGAAGCCCGUUCACAGGUGCUCGAUAUGCAACAGAGGGUUCCUCAACAAGAGCAAUAUAAAGGUGCACCUGAGGACGCAUACCGGGGAGAAACCGUUCAGGUGCGAAGUAUGCGGUAAGGCGUUCAGGCAGAAGGCACACCUGAUAAAGCACCAGCAGAUACACAAGAGGAUCGGACGGGAUUAGGAAAAUGGAAAGCGAUGGCGAGAGUGGAUCACACAGUGGAAUGACAGAGAGACGACUGACCGACUGGCUGGCUGGCAUUAACCUCGAGCGGUCUUCGACCAAGGCGGAAGGACGCUUUGUGCCUCGAUGAAGACGUCGCGUCGUUCGUUGCAGCGGUGAUCACGGCGUCAGUGACGGCAUGUGCGACGUUCGCUUACACGUAAGGGAAUAUUUACGAGUCGAAAUUGCGGUGCAACGGUAAGAACGAGUGCGGUAUGAAGUCGGUCGCGAAGGAUCCGUCGACGUGCGAUACGCUGUCUGCAAUCCUUCGAUUAAUGGAGUCCCGAAGGAGAAAGGUCAAGAAUGAAUCGGCGCGCUUGCCGAUCGGUCUCAUGGUGCACCUACGACUAGCCCGGGA